CGUGAAGUAGGGGAUGAGCAGCUCGCUUCUCUUGGGUCAAAGCUUCAUGCGAUUGGAACUUGUAAUGUUUCUCUUGUGCCUGAUCAUACGUCUACUAGUCAUUUCCUAGAUACGUGUACUAGUCAUUUUCAAUACUUCAAACAGGAAAUACCCGAUACAUCAAUCUUUAUCUAUUGUCAUUCUUUCUGAGCAAUGUUAGGGACAGGGACAACUGUGUAGAAAAGUGAUAAGGCGACAAACUUAUCAGCCAUAGUUCCUACGGUCACUGCGGGGAAAGAUAUUAACAACAAACACUCGCAUGACACCAAGACCAACGUGACAACCAGGUAAACCAUGCGCGUUUGUCCACAGACCUGAGGGAUGCACGAACGGCAAGCAGUGCGAAUUUUGUCACGAGUGUCCACUUGGGGAAAUCAAACGAAGAAAAAAGCAAAAGCAGAAACAGCGAAACGCACACAAAAUGACCUUGUGGGAUCAACAUCAAGUUGUAGAGGCUUCAUCAAGUUCAGCACAACAACAAGAGCCACCGGCGCCCCAAUAUCAGUAUCCGAAUCUUCAUGCCACACCGUACGGAAACUCAGGUGGAAUGGGAGCAGUACCACAUACUUUAUUUAGCUUGUCAACAGUGAGUAGUGACUGAUCAUGAAUCAUUAGUCAUUAAAAUCUCUCUCAUCAUCAGCAGCAGACUUUUUAUAUAUUUAUAAUCUAGAAGAGAAUCCUCGGCUCCUUGCGUUCAUGCAUUUUUUUAGUCUUUUCAACUACAUAAGCCCUUGUAGUUGGUCUUCAUCUACGGACGUAAAUUCUGGGUAUCUAUGUAUAGUAUCUUCAGUGAUAUGAGUAAGCGCCAUUCUGUUGAGCGUCGGGAAGGACACGAGCUAUCUAUAUUAUUCCAACUUCCUGUGACAACAUCUAUUUCGAUUUCAGCCCGGAGCAGGCGCGAGUGGAAAUUACUAUAGUCCAGUGGAGGGAGAAGCAGAAACGCUGUUUAAUCACUACACCCAGAACAACGCUUUUAAUCACCACAGUUAUGUGGAGAAAAAAAGCUGUUAGUUGUCCAAUUCCAUUGAUUUGGUAGUUCUACUUGUGUUACUUGUAGUCAGAAGACUACUAGCUUUUGUAUGCUUUGAUAGGUGAUCAUGAUUACGGUAGUUGUCUUUGUUCUAGUUGUAUUAAGUAUUAGAGGUAGGUUUUUGGUGCUCGCUUACCCCGCUUGUUAUGCCUUUCUCCCUUAGGAGAGGCAUAAAAAGCGGUAAGAAAAGCACCUUUAGCCUACUCUUAAAAGUAUGUUUUAGACUUCCUCAUAAGUACCAUUGAUUCGUUUCAGAUUUUUUGUUGACAAAAGAUUAAUUCCCUAGUCCUCUUCUUCUUCAUAAGUACGGUCAGCAGCAUCAACAGGACCCAAUAAGGCAGUUGAACAGCAGGGACGCCAGCCAUGGUGUGUCAAUGCAUAACAACAGCAGCAUUCAAAAUGGUAGCUCCUCCAUGUAUCCCCAACAAGAACAGCAUCCGCCGAUUCUUCACACUGGAGCAGGACACCAGCAUGAGCUUCUUAAGGGUCCUGGAGUGCAGCAGCACGUGGUAGUUGAUGGCAAUUACAACUUACACCAUCAGCAUGGACAUUCACAGCCACAGGGCUAUAAUGGUACGAAUUACGGGACGACAUCCAUGUCAUGUAACUACACGUCGACAGGAGGAGGAGGACAUCCUCCAGGAGGAGUACAGCAUCAGCACCAAGUGUAUCUUCACGGUCAGCACCACUCUUCAGCAGGAGGACACACAUCGACUCCACAAAAGAUAGAACAGCAGAAUCACAACAUCAGCUACAACCAUAUGAAUACAAGCAGUGGACGAGGUGGCGGCUUCGCAACUGAUUUCUCACAAGAAUCGCACAUGAUGAAUCAGUCUUACCAGCAGCAGUCGAACUUACCUCCAACGAUGCAGCAGGUAGCAGGUCAUCACCUCCCAAUCGCUAGCGGUCAACAGCAAGAUUUCAGUGCAGCAGGAGCUACAAUGGGCAUGAUGGGCGGUAACGUGUCAUCAAUGCAUGGACAUCAUGGUAGUGACAUGAAUAGUGCUACUACUGGUUAUCAUGCAGCAGGAAAUAGUUUUGGUGCAGCUCCCUCUGCAUCGUCAACAGGAGCGACGCCAUGUGGAGCCGCCUUCCAGACCCCGCAAAAAGACCCCAGUAACCGCGGUCUGCCUCGGACACUAUCGACGGUGCAGAGCAGUACUAAAUCGUCGCACACUAGCUACGACCAGAAUAUUAACCACAACAACUACGUAGCAGGUGCUGGUGCUGGGUCAUCUUCGUGCAGCUACAAUGUAAACACGAUGGGCACUCAUAUGAACACUUCUAUGAACAUGAGUAUGAACAAUAACAUGUCGAGCACACAGCAGCAACUCCCGAGUGGCGCAGGUGGCUAUAAUCUUCAUGGUUACAACAUGAAUAGCAAUACCAAUGCUGGUGAACAAAGCAUCAGUUACAACGCGAAUCUAGCUUACCACGGCAGUGGAGCUUGUUCUAGUACUACUAGUGUUAGCAAUGUCGGAGGUGUUGUAGGUGGAGUCCAGCAGGGACGAGUCUCAGCAUCACCAAAUGACUACAACCAUAGUCCAAAAGAUGGCCAUGGCGCUACAUCACACUACAACACGCCCAAGGAGCAGCCAUCUUGCAUGCAAAAUUUGCAAAAUCACAACAGCAAAAAUAGUUCUUUUGCUUCUUCCUGUUACAACAAUAGCACCAAUGUGGAUCAUUCGAAUAGGAUGAUGAACAUGUACAACCCUUGUAGUGGUACAACUAGUAAUAUGAAUACUAGUGCUACAGCAUCGAGUUGCACACGUGCUUGGGGUCACGAUCAACAUAUGCCGUAUAGUAGUGGUACUGGGAUGAAUGGAGGGGGCGGGAACGCUGCUGCAGGUGGAAACACAACUUACAACGAAUGGGGCAGAACUACUACAACAUCUUCAAACAAUUACAGUGGAUGUGGAGCGGUGCAGCAGCAACAGCAACACUAUAAUCAACAGGGAACAAUAGUUCCUUCAGCCAACAGCUCUACAACUUGCAACCAUCAAACGACCGCAUACAAAGGCAAUAAAAUUGAAAGGGGAUCAUACACCGGUGCUGGCCAACAACAUGUUCACGGCACGUCGAACGCUAAUGAUCGAAAUGCUUGGGGAAUGGGGACUUCGGGAACGUUAGGAAAAGGGGACCAGCAUCCGAAAGGCGCGUAUAGCGUGUCGAAAUGGUAGAGAAAACUGAAGGCUUAUGAUACCUACUUAGAUUAGAUAUCAUCACUUGAGACGCAAUGAAUCAAUGAAUACUUAAUAUCUAGCUCCACUAAAUUUACUAAAUAAAUACUUCUUAAACACUUAAUGCGCUUUUCGUCAUGUCAAUACAAUUGUAGAAAUGGAAUAUCACUGGUGGUCAUCCAAAUUUGAUGAGUUCAUCGUCAUUCGCUUGUCACAAUUACUCUCUACAUGCUAGGCUAACUGCUAGGUAAGAUUAAUCAUCAUCAUGUCGAUUGGCCACCACUUUACUAUACUAGUACUGGAUCAUGUCGUGACUCCGAAUUCAUUUUUAGCAUAUAUAUAAGAAAAAUGAUGACCCACAUUGACGAAACCAAGGUACUUGAGAAAGUAAAUGGAAGAUUCCGAUUUGUGCGAGUGUGAAUAAAGUAAAAGUCUAUCGCACCACCAUUCAAAAAUAGCCAUUACUUGUCAAUACUUCAUGCUCAGCACAACUUGCACUUGUCUAAUGUCUAGCGAGGUUCUUAGUGACACCAAACUCAUACAGACUAAUGUAUAAUUGUAGUUCCACUUGUUCCUUCACCUUCCCCUAUUAAAGCUCUCAACAUAUUCACAAAACCGAAUCAUAUUUAUGAAGAUACCGAUCUCCAUUGUUUAUGCUCACCACAUCUAGUAAAAGAAAUGUGCGUGGACAAAGAACAAUUACCCUUUUCUCCCGAUGAUGUCCCGCGUGAGAGAGCACAAUACAGCUGUAGCCCACGACCUCUUGGUGCUGUACUUGCUCAAAGAUCAGGGACAACGACGGACAACAUCUCUCCUCUAUAUUUAGAAAAUAAAUCCUUACCCUCUGACUUAUUGUUCUUCUCGGAUGUCCGAUUGAUAGACCACGACCACUCUCCUGCUUCAUUGAAGUACCCUGAUGCGCUCAAGAGCAACCAACCACGUCGAAAGGACUGCUGAGCUUGAAUUGCUCUUUGAUGAUGUACUUCUUAGUCAAAGUUAAUAAGCGGCACUAUCUAAACGUCGUGGACGGGUUUUAUGUGAGCUGAAUUGCCGAACCCGAACCGCGAACAUGAAUGAAUGAAUGAAAUAAAUCCUUACCCUCUGACUUAUUGUUCUUCUCGGAUGUCCGAUUGA